AACUUGACGUUUCAAUGCAUCAAUACUGAUAUACAUAUGCUUUAUAUUCGUUGGAAUUUAGAUCUCGUGUUUUAAAUUGAUUUAGCGAUGGCUGAGAAGCGUGAAUCAGAGAAAGCAUCAAGCUCUUCACCGAACCUGAUAUGUCCAUUAUGUCUUGAUAUAUUUGUUGAGGCAACAAUCCUGACUUCAUGUGGACACACAUUUUGUAGGCGAUGCCUCAAGAAAUACGAUCUAACCCACCAGGACCUUGAUCACAUGGUCUGUCCUCUCUGCAGGGAGAUCACCAAGUUGUCUGCCAAUCGUGUCGAUGAUCUCCGCCUCAAUGUCUCCAUCAACGGAUGCGUAGACGAUUACCACGCCAAGCGUGGAGGGAUGAAUGCUGUCCUUGAGAUGUGCCAGAAAUGUACCGCUUGCAAGUCUCAGAAAGACGCCGUGUCAUUCUGCAGAACAUGUACUUUAUACAUGUGUGAUAAGUGCCUGCAUUCUCAUCAACAGCUUGUAGUAGUCUUUGGAGAUCAUGAGAUUGUAUCCAUGGAUGAUGUCAUCGAAGGGAAGGUCAGCAUUGGUCAUUUAUUCGAGAAGUGUUCCAUCCACAAACUUGAGAACAAGGAUAUGUUUUGUGAGGAUUGUAAGGUCCAAGUCUGUCACAAGUGCGUACUUGUUGGUCAUAAAGCUCAUGAAAUCAAGAACCAGGUUGACUUUGAACAAGAGUUGCGACGGAAGGUGGAAGACCUUGCCCAACGAUGUGCUGACAAGAAAACAGAGCUGGAAAAGAACAUUCAAAACAUAGAAAUACAACGUCAUGAGGUACACACUGCAGUGCAGACACUACUAGAUGAUGUCAGGCAGGCUUACACCAUCAAGGCCAAGGAGCUGGAAGAAAAUCUUCGAAAUCUCACCGACCAAAUAAAUGCCUUAAAGCAUAGUUUUGAUGACGACCUCAACGUCUUGAAGUCAAAAGAUCGUCAGAGGAUCAAGAGUAUUUGUAGUUCAAUAACAUUGGUAGAUAAUGACAGACUAGGUCAUCUUGAGACAGACACUCUAUCUGCUCAUAUCUUGCUCUGUGAGGAACUCGAUGAUAUGCUGAAGGAGGCUACCGAUCACACUUCUGCGUCAGCAAUUACGAAGAAAUCAAAGGGGAAGAGGUUCAACCCAGCUGAUGAUACUCGUCUUGACCUCGGGAGCAUCUCAGGAUCAGACCCCAAGAUAAAAGUCAUUCAGUGUGUAAAUCUACGGUCAUAUAUGUCCGGAAUGACACGGUACUCACACGACAGUGUGGGUAUCGUAUAUGGGUGGAUUGCACAUUGUAUUGAUAUCAUUGAUUCAAAUGGUGGUAAGCAGCAGUAUAGUAACAUACCCAAUGACAGGAAAUAUAAGGAUCUUGUCUAUCAACAAGACGGAUCUUUAUGCGUAUCGCUAUACCAUACUAAAGAAGCCUAUAUAUACUCCCCCCUUGGCUCCAGGAAAGCAACAAUCCACGUGAGAGACGGUACUAAUGAUCUCAGUGUUAACAGAAGUCAAUCAGAUGAAAUCAUCAUUACUAACGGUGACAACCAAGUAUAUAUCUAUGACCCGACAGGAUCCACUCUUAAACACACUGUUCAAACAAAUCACAAGGCGGAUCAGGCAUCUACCACCAGGACGGGUUUGUACGUCACGAGUUCAUGUCACGCCGAUCCUCGCGUGGUGACGGUCUAUGACAGGGAUGGGAAUGCUGGUGAGUCUCUACAAGCUCCAAAGGAUGUCCACCUGUAUGCUGCCGUGGAUGAGCAGGACAGGGUGUAUGUAGCGAGUGUUGAUUGGCAGAAUAGGAAGGUGGUGAUCAGGCUCUAUGAUCUUGAUGGUCUGAACCUGAAGAAAAAAGUUGAGUUCAAAGCACUUAAUAUGACAUUGGGUUGGCAUUGGUGUUACUUGGUCUCCCUCUCCCCAGACAUGCUCGCCUUUGCUUGUUGGAUGAAGUUAUAUUUCAUCAAGGUAUCACUGUAAUCCAGAUUAUCUCAACCAUGCACCUACUACAAUGUCUCAACACACAGUUACAAAUAAUUUAAACAACGCUGUUCACUAUGUGAAUCGCACAGGAGUUGUUUAAACAGUUUAAACAUGUGUUCAAAAUCUUAACCACUUAUGCUUAAAUCAUUGAUAAUUAAAUAUUUGUAUUUAAUAUUUAGUGUUGUUUCAGAUUUUGAACACUUGUUUAAAAUGUUUAAAAACUACUGUGCAAUUCACAUAGUGAAUAGCGUUGUUAAUAUUAUUUUUAACUGUGCAUGUGGCAUUAUUUUAAUCGAAAUUCAAAUUCAAAUUCAGUUUUCUUUCCAACUAAACAAAAUAUAAUACAGGUAAUAUUCAUACAUUUAUAACAAGCAUUUACAAUACAAAUCCUUGUCAUUUAUUCAUAUACAUUUUAUAAUGUUCAAUGACAUACAUGUAAAUAAUAAACUAAUUCAUAAUGUGAGGCAUACAAGUGAUAGAACUAUCAG